AUGUCUCAAGGUAGCUGUUCAUCUCACGUAAAAUGUAAUUGUGGCACCAUUGCAAAACACCUCACUUCAUCGACUCCUAGUAAUCCCGGACGGAAAUUCUACAAAUGUCUGAGGCCUAAGGGAAAUUCUUGUGGAUUUUGGGAAUGGGAAGAUGAAUUGUUCCCUGAGAUUCAGUGGAAUAAUGUUCAAAAUUUGACGUCGUCGUUAGAUGCGGUCAAGAUCAAAAGAAACAAAUUGCAAGAAGAAUUAAUUGCCAUUGAGGCUAGACAUCUAAUUGAAGUGAACAAAAUGAAGGAGAAAUUAAUUGGCUUGAAGAAAAAGUUUACUGCAUUUAUACACAACAUUGCUGUCACAGCUAGGCAGCUUCUCUAUGGAUUUAAUGUCAUACACAACAUUGCUAGACUGAACUGUCAAAAAAUCAGGAAAUAUACAGCAAAAUUGCAGUCACAGCUGCUUAAUAUUGCAAGAAUAGAAUGUCAAUACAGGGCAAAAUUGCAGUCACAACUGCUUAAUAUUGCAAGAGUAGAAUGUCAAUACUGUUGA